UCUUAAUUUGUCUUCUCUUUUCUCUCCUACAUUUAUUCCAUAACAACAUUAGAGUAUAAGCUAGAAGAAAAUAUGGCAAGUCCACAACAAAAUUCCGACGAAACGUUUCCAUCUGCCGAUCUUGCGGGAGAAUUGAAUCCUGGAAAAAAUAGAGAGGUUCAAGUUGAUCCUAUAUCCUCCGAGGUUGCGGCCACCAAGGAAAUGAAGGAGGAAGAUGCAUUGAGAGAGAUGCAAAAGGAGAGUGAAAAGAAAGCAUGCUUGGAUAAAUUAAAAUCAGCAAUUAUAAUUUCAGGCAUAGUUGUGGCUGUGGUGGGAGCAGCAUUUGCAAUAACUAAGAAAUUAAAAGAGAAGUGAUUCUACAUUCAAAAGAGGAUUCAGAGUAUUAGAAGAUUUAUAGAUAUAUUCUUUAUAUUUGUUUUCAUAUCAUGUUUUUUGUUUUUGUUUUUGUAUGAAUUGAAUUAUUUUUGAGAUG